AUUGGAAUAUGAGACUUGUUUUAAGUGAAUUAAGUUUAUAAUAAUAAUGAUAAUAUACAAAUAAGCUUAUAAAUUAUUUAUUUAAUAAUAUUUAACACAAAUUUUAAGUAAAUUUUCAAUUUUAGGAUCUUUUCAAAAACUGAUGUAAUGUCAUCUGGCAACUUCGAGGACAAAAAUCUUUUUCAACCACUGGCAACACACUUCACCAAACUUAAUUAACGAAAAUCAUAAUUAACUUUUGUCAAAACAAUAAAACAGUUAAAAACACACUAAAUCUCAAAACUGUCAAAACGGUAAAACCUGUCAAACUUUAACAUAACCAAUAUGCAACAAAAGUGUUUACAUGGCAAAGUGAAAUUGAACAAUUUUAACGUAUUUUAUUCAAUAUAAUUUAGUUGUUUGAUGGAAUAAAAGGAUUUUACAAUAUGGAUUUGACACAAUUUGCUGAAGAAGAUUUUGAUCCCGUGGCCUGGAUCAAUGGGAUGACGAUGUCUGAUGAUGCAAAAGAUAGACCUGAGGAUAUCGUCAACAAUCUCUUGGGCAAAAUCCAAAGUUGCAUCAAGCAAGUCAGCCAGGAUUUAGAAGAGACGAGCCAACAGAUUUUAGUAACUCUACCAAACAUAAUAAAAGACACAAAGCUUUUGCAAUUGGAAGCUGAGACUUUGAAAGGAAAAAUGAUUUCAAUGAAUGAUGAGAUUGCUAAAGUUCAAGACGAAUCCGGACAAUGUAUGUCUGAUUUGGAGGAAUUGGAUAAACUGAAAACAGAACUAGAGUCUGCCAAACAAUCGUUAAUGGAAGCCGACAAGUGGACUAAUUUAGUAUCAGACAUCGAGGAGCUUUUUGAGCAAAGUCAAGUUGAUGUCAUAAGCGAACGUUUGAGUGCUAUGGCAAAAUCACUCGAUAUGAUGGGCAAACACUUGGAAUCUAGCGAUAAGGCUACACAGCUUCAAGAGUUCAGGAAUCGUCUUGAAGCUUUGACAAGCCCUCAGAUUAUGCAAGCUUUUAGCACAGGAAAUAUAGAACAAUCAAAGAGAAUGGUGUCAAUUUUUACAUCCAUGGACAGGCUCCAACAGUUAUUGAAUUAUUAUAAAACUUAUCACAAAACAAAUUUAUCUCAGCGCUGGCUUGAGUUCUCAGAGAGCAGCUCUUCGAAUAUAUCUUGGCUUGAAGACUUCUAUGAUAUUUUAGUACAGCAUUGCAGGGAACAGGUAAAAUGGACAAGUUCUAUAUUAUCUAGUGAGAAGGCUUGCGGAUAUACUGUUGUUGCUUUAACAAUAAGUGAAUUAUUACAAACAUUAGACCCAUCUUUGAACUCCACACUGCAAAGGUGCAUGAAGACGAGCGAUGAUAAACUAUUGCUUCUAUCUGAUGCUGUCGCUUGUAGUAAAAAAUUUGCUAAUAAUUUAUUGAGCGUCUUAAACAACAAUGGCCAAUUAUCGCCCGAAACCCAACUGUCUCUAGCAACAUCCAUCUACAGUCACCUCGUUUCCUUUGUGGCUCAAUAUCCAUCUUUAGAGUCGACAAACCUUACAAUGGCUAUCAGUGCUAUGCCUUGUGUUAAAUCUGAUGUCUCCGACACUGUACAGAAUUUGUCAUUGAACAAUUCUAAGGUGUUGAAAUUUGCUGAAAUGGCUUUGUCGAGGUGUGAUGUUAUUACACAGGGAUGCGGGUGUGUUGGACUUGCUAGGAUAUUAGAGGCAUAUUUGAUUAGUUACUGUGACCAAUACACAAUGGCAGUUCGUCAAUUGGAACGUUGCAAAACGUAUGAACAAGACUGGAACACAUUCCAACUGUGCAUAUCUCUCUUCCAAAGUCUCGGCCAAUUCUACAGAGACAUCAUAGAGUUCGACAAAAACCUUAUAUCAAAAUUCACAGAAACCGAUAAGAAACUAUCCAACGACGCAAACAUAUUCCAUCGGUACAAACUAUUAUUGCUCUCCAAAGACGAUUGCGAUAAAUUCGAUAAAUUCAUAAGAAAUUUGCAAAAUUAUCGAGAGGACGAUGGAAAGAAGUCGAAUUUUGUGGUUCCUGCAUUGAAUGUGGUGCUUUUCGAAAGUUUCUAUGGGAAACUGAAGUUGACUUGUAGAGAUUUGUAUAAGGUGGUUUUCGAAAAUGUUUUGGCGCCGAUUGGAGUGCAAAUGGAGGGUGUUGUUAAGGCGCCUGCUUGGUGUGAUAGCGACAAGCAGGCUGGUGAGGAUAAUAUUCAGGUUUUGGCGAAGGAUUUGCCCGAUUAUAGCUAUUCGCCGCAGGAGUACAUAACUCAGAUUGGACAAUAUCUAUUGACUCUGCCACAGCAUUUGGAACCAUUCUUGCUAAAUCCGAAUGAAAAUUUGGCAGCAGCUUUAAAUUUGGCGACUGAUGAUAAUUUUAAGCCGGCUGAUAAUGUUAAAAUUAAGGUAAAUGAAAGACUAAGCGGAGAUAUACUGUUGGCCCAGAUUGCAGACGCAACAUGUCAAGCUUAUUCGGAAACACUUCUGACAAAAAUCUGCCGAUUGAACGACAAUGCUUGCAGACAAUUGGCAGUGGAUAUAGAGUACUUGGAAUCUGUCCUGGAAGAAUUGGGAUUGAAGCAUUCUCUAGGAGAUUUGGUACAAUGGCCUUCUCUCUUAAGAUGCUCCCGAGACAAUUAUUCAAUGCAAAGCAGUGGCAGUAAUCCAAGAUUAGUUAGCGCUGUGAGACAAAUGAGAGAAAUUACAUCGACGAUGUAAUUGGUA